GCGCGAUAACGGAUGGGCGUGAACUGACGCGCCUCCGCAGUCUGAAUGAACCUCGGCGCGGGAACGCACGUUCGAAAUUUAUAUUACGCGCGGAUUUGCGGCCAGUGUUUUUUUUUAUUUAUUUAAAAUGGAUGACGGCGACAUGCCGGUGAAGGAUGGCAGCCGGCGGUCGCUGGUCGGUGUCAUCGACGACGGCACCAAGACCGUCCGGGUGGUGAUAUACGAAGCAGAGAGAUCAGAAGAGCUCGCCGCGUACCAGUUGGACAAGACCGAGGUGCAGCCACAAGAGGGGUGGUCCGAACAGGAUCCCUUGGAGAUCAUACACCACAUCAAACUAUGCGCUGAGAAGGCCAUAGAACAACUGGCUGUUAAAGGUUACUCCAAAGAUGACAUCGUGGCGCUGGGCAUCACCAAUCAGAGAGAGACGACGAUAGCGUGGGACAGGUUCACGGGAGAGCCCUUACAUCCAGCCAUAGCAUGGAACGACAUCCGCACAGACGUGACAGUAGAUGCCAUCCUCGCGAAAGUCCCGGACCAGAACAAGAAUUACUUAAAGGCGGUGUCCGGCUUGCCCAUCAGCCCGUACUUCAGCGCGCUGAAGAUGCGCUGGCUCAAGGACAACGCUAAAACUGUGCGGCGCGCCGGCAGGGACAAGAGGCUCAUGUUCGGGACCGUGGACUCAUGGAUCGUGUGGAAUUUAACUGGCGGUCCGCGCGGAGGUCUCCACAUCACUGACGUCACUAACGCUUCGCGGACACUCUUGAUGAACCUAGAAACGUUGAAUUGGGACCCCAUGCUCUGUAGGUUGUUUGGAAUCCAUCGAGACUCUUUGCCCCAAAUAAGAAGCAGUUCUGAAGUGUACGGCGUAGUCAAAGACGGAUCCAUCUUAGAUGGAAUUAGGAUAUCGGGAAUUCUGGGGAAUCAGCAAAGCGCUCUGGUCGGUCAGAACUGCUUGUCCGCCGGACAGGCCAAGAACACGUACCGGAGCGGCUGCUUCCUGCUCUACAACACGGGCGCCCGCCGCGUGCAGUCCGCGCACGGCCUGCUCACCACCGUGGCCUACAGGCUCGGCCCGCACGCGCCGCCGGUUUAUGCGCUAGAAGGUUCGAUUGCAGUAGCAGGCGGUGCCAUGAAGUUCCUCCGGGACAACCUGAAACUAAUAAAAGACGUGGUAAAGGACACCGAGCAGAUCGCCGGCCAAGUCUUUUCCACGGGAGACGUUUAUUUCGUCCCUGCCUUCAGCGGGCUAUACGCGCCAUACUGGAGAAAGGAUGCUAGGGGGAUUAUUUGCGGGCUGACAGCAUUCACCACAAAACAGCACAUCAUAAGAGCAGCGUUGGAAGCAGUUUGUUUCCAAACUAGGGACAUAUUAGAAGCCAUGAACAAGGACUGCGGCAUGCCGCUGUCCAAACUGCAUGUUGACGGACACAUGACCCGCAACGACUUGCUGAUGCAGUUGCAAGCCGAUCUCAUCGGGAUACCUGUGUUGCGCGCACAAUCUUGGGACAUGUCGGCCCUCGGCGCGGCUGUGGCGGCCGGGAAUGCGGUGGGCGUGUGGUCCGUGGAGGCGUGGAGGGCCACCGCCACGCCCAUCGACACCUUCCUCCCCACCACCACCGAUGAUGAUCGUGACGCGCGCUACACCAAAUGGAAGAUGGCCGUGCAGCGUUCCCUCGGCUGGGCCUCCGUCAAAAAGUCCAUCACCAUGACAGACGAACGAUACAAACUGCUCGCGUCGAUCCCAGCGACGCUAUUCCUCAUUGGCAGUUUCACCAUGCUAGUCGUUUCCAAUGCCCUCAAGAAUAGGUGAUAAGUUAAUGUAGAUCAUAAAUCAUAAUUUAUAGGAAAUAAGUGUCAUAUCCGCACGGAAAUUCUUUUUGUACAGCUUUUUAAUUAUUUUAGUAAGGUUUAUUACAAUUCUAAUGAUUGAAAAUCGGACAUGUCAAAUAUAUUCUGGGUUAUAUUCUCUAUUGAUGAUUUUAAUUAAUUGCUCAUAUUUUAUUGUUAUUUAGUACAUUGUCAUUAGAUAUUCUUAAAAACAAUUGUAUACCUACAGGAGCAAAAGCGCGCUCAGACAUAGAUUUCAUAUCAGAAGUAGUACCCAUAUACUUAAUACACGUUAUAAAAAAAGUGUCACUUGUCAAGUUCGAUCAUAAAAUAGUCGCAAAUUUUGUUUAAAACCUCGCAAGUACAGUUAAGGCGUUACUCAGGGCUGUAACAAUAAGAAUAUGUCACGUUUAGUGAUAAGUACGUCAUUCAAUUUCCACUCGCCUCAACUUUAAUUGUGACACCUUGACACUAUUCUGUCAAUAUUACCUAUUGUAAUAAUUAUGCGGGUAUUGAAGGUAACCUAUGAUCAAAAUUACAUAGCAUUAUUUAUAUUUAAAACUAACAGAGUUCUGACAUACGUAUAGCAACAUUUUACUGACUAUUUAUUGAUGAUAAUACUUACAUAUUUAGACAUCGGAUCGUCUGUGUAUUUUGUAUUGCUAUUUGUAUUUUUCAAUAGUUUAUGUUGUAAUCAUUUUUUAUACCUAUACCCAAAAUACACCCGUGGUCCAAUGUCUAAAAUGACACAUACUAUGAAUUUUGGUAAUAAUGUCAAAUACUUGAUGACAUACCUGCUACAAUUGAAAUUAAUCAGAAAAAAUGGCAGCAAUUAAAUAAAAUAAUUUGGAUUUUUAUAAACUGAUUGAUAAUAAACAACUUUAAUUUUUAGCUAAAGCUAGGAAGCAAAGGGUGGAUCAACUUUAUUUUAGUUAAAUGUGCCGUCAGGAAAAACAGGUUUUAAUAUUUUUAGAUUCAUGUUAUUGGUACUACAAUCUUGUAAGAUGCUAAAGAGAUAACUCCUUACAGAAAUAGCUUAUGAUUAUGACUGCCAUAAAUAUAUGUUUUGGUUAUCUAAAUAGCUUAUAAUUGGUCAAUAUGGAUACUUUAUAAAUGCCAUAAAGAUAUGUGGUAGGUAUCUAGACUAGUCACAAAAGCAGCGGUGACCCAGGAGACCGUAACUAUGGCAUGGCAACAAGCCACUAGAAAAAGUUGGUUCACCCAUUAUUGUUUUCUCGAAUAGACAUUUUAUGGUUACUCGUAUUAAUAGGAACACAUCCCUAUGUUUUGUUUUCAAUUCAUGAAUCGUUAAUUAUUAAUAUUUAUUAUGAGCAUUUUUUUAUGAAAUAAACUUUAAUUAAAUUAAUUCUCAUUCCAACUUCCGUUGACAUUUAUAUGGCAUUUUAGAGCAAUUUUUAGCUUUUGUAAUUUUUUUUUAUUAAUUUAUUUUAGUUUAAGCGUAUUACAAUUAUUAAGUGUAGAAAUAAGAAUAAAUGUUGUAAAAAGAUGGGAAUCUAAAAUAGGGUAGGUAGAAAUAUUUGUGCAGCUCAAAGCAAAAUCAUGUUCUUACCUUUGUGUAUGAUUUUGUGCUAGUCAUGAUCAUUUCUCGAAGCUAACCAAUUAUUUUGUCAUACAUUUAUAGUUUUUCAGAAUUGACGUACAUGGCUGUUUUCCUUACAUCGUGAUUAUGGUAAAACCACGUACAACUUAAGUAGAACCUUAUAAGAUAGGAAAUGGUAGGUAGUUAAUAUUUUUUAUUCUAAAAUUAUUCAUACUAGAACAAAUGCAACUCUGUUCCAAUUUACCAUGAUUUAAAUAUAGGCGAAAUCAGGUCUUUGGACCUUAUAGCCGAUUCAAAUAGAGUUUAGGUUGCAGUAAUGUCUAUUUAUAAGCUCUUAUGAGAUAAAAUACCUAUUUGUGUUUCUUUUUUAACCUGCGAUAUAAUGUAACUAUAAAAAACAUGUUUCUGUCAAUUUUGUCAGUUAGAACUAGGUAGGUAAUGUGAAUUAGUCAAAAUAUAAGCUAAAGAACAUGUCUCGUUUAAGAGUUAUACCAAUUAUACCAAAGACAUACACAGCGAUCAAACUUAAUAUAGAGUCGUAAGAAAUAAGUUGACUGUGAAAAGUUGAAAAAAAAAACACCGAGGGCUGUCAAAAUCGCUGCUAUGCUGCGUGCUGCAAAAAGAAACUAAGUAACCAUAAAAAAAUUGAAAAAAAACCCGACAUAGUGGACCGAUUUUCAUGAAACAUGGCUAAGAACACUAAUUCCCGACUAAUUCAGCUUUAAAAAAAACUAAAUCUUAAUCGGUUCAUCUGUCCGGGAGCUACGAUGCCACAGACAGACACACACAAAAACAGACACACACACAAACAGACAGCCACGUCAAACUUAUAACACCCCGCCGUUUUUGCGUCGAUGGUUAUAAAACAGCUUAGUCUCGUUUUGCACAAAGAAAUACCCCUAGCAUUUAUUAUUUGCGUAAUUGUGUUAUUUAGGGGUUUUGGCAGCACAAUAGAGUUCUUGCAAAUUUUCCGUAUCAUAAAUAUUAUAGAUAGGCCAGGCUUUUGAUUCAUUUGAUAUCGUUGUGAUUUUUACUAAUUAAAUCAUUCCUUUAGCAUUGUUUGAGAGCAUGUUUUUAGUUUUUUUUUUAUCCUUUUGUAUAUUAUGGGCUUUUUGAGUAAUUAUAUUAUAGUGCAAUUUGUAUGACUUUUAUGAAUAUAAUGUACCUACAGUAAAUCGGGCGUGUAUUUUCAAUUUGUAAUAAUUAUUUGUAAUUAUGUAAUAAUUAGUGAAUAUUAAAAAAGACAUUUUUAUUCUGAAUUAAUUGUGCUGUACUUAACUGAUAGGUUGCCAGUUGUAUUUUGAAUGAAAUUUUAUUGUUAAACAAUUUGUUGUUUAUUUAUGGUGAAUUAAAUGAUUUGUU